AUGUUUCGGCGAAUUAAAUUCGGCAAUCCUUUUGCAGAUGAUUACCCCGAAUGGAUCUGGAGAGGGCUGAAAAACAGCCGAAAGGGUAAAGAUAUGUUCGCCCCCUUCUUUAGGCUCCUGAAUGCCACGAAGAUUUACGACUACGUGCUCAAGAACAACUGGUCCUACUGGAUGUUCGUAGUCAGCGGGGGAAUGGUCACUUCCUACGUCUGGAGCGAGACAUGGAACAAAAUAUGGAGAUCUGUAAACCGCGGGAAGUUGUACAACGACGUGCCCUACGUCUACCCAGAGGAGGAGUAG